UUGCUCAUCCCUACGAAAUAUACAACUACAAUUGAACUAGCAAUAUUUAAGCGUGUGAUAGAAAUUUCAUAUAUAUUUUUUUCUACUCUGACAGUGCGUCAGGGCGAAAACUGCAACACGCCAAGUUGGCAACAAACCAAAUUGCUUUCCAAAUGGCAGCCAAAGGUAAUCAUUUCCAACAUAACCGGGUUAUGCAGCAGCAACAGCGCUCAAAUGUACGUGCCGCAAUUGCACCGUAUCGUAAGCCGCCCUACCGGCCGCAGGCCCUGACACAGAAUCAUAUGAUGUACUCAUCCUGCCAGAUGCCCAGCGAUCCGCUCUAUAUCGACUUUAAUACACCGGCGCCAGCACCACCCACCAAAUCCGCGCCGCCAACACAAUCCGCAUUAGCCGGCAAUGCCGGCUCUGGUUCUGGCCAUGUAGAUGGCGGCAAAAAGAAACAUAUAAAAGGUAAACAGCUUAAAGGCAAACAGUCACAGCAGCAGCAGCAGCAACAACAACAACAGCAGCAUCAACAUCAUCAUCCGCACAAUUCGCACUACGCGUCACAGAUGCAGCAACAAGGUGGAGGCGGUGGGGGCGACAAUAGCUGGCAAUCGCAUCCGCACCCGCAUCCCAAGCAACGUUUCCAGGCGCCCAAUGUCAAUCGCUUCAAUGGACCACAGCGUAACGGAUACAACAGAGUACAAAUGAUGGGAGGCCCUGUUAAUCGUAACGUCGGUCGUCACAUGAUGGGUCCAAUGGGUCCAGGCGGCGGACCGAUGGGACCACGUGGUGGUCCAUGUCCCAUGGCGCCAUAUCCGCCGAUGCCUUAUCAAGCGCCGAUGCCGCCGAUGCGCUGUCCAAUGCCACCGAUGGGCGGUCCACCGCCGCCGCCCCCACCGGCAUUUAUGCGUCGCAACGGACGCGGCGGUCCGCCAAUGCCGCCGCCAAUGAUGGGUCCACACAUGAUGGGAGCACGCAUGCCACCGCGCGGCAUGCCGCCCGUGCCUAUACCGUACAACAUGGGCCACAUGAACGGCAAUCUGAAUGGUGGCAAAAUCAAGAAGCCAAAUCCGAAACUGAUCAAGCAGGUGGUCAAGGGCAAGAGCAGCAUCAAGACGCUCAAAAAUCUGGUCAAUCAGUAUCCCAUUGACAAGCCGUGGGUCAAUGAUGAAAUACGCGCCGUGCACAACGCCAAGCUGGACAUCGAGAAUCGCCUCAAGGGCAACAAAGAUGACAAACUGUUCGCCCAGUUCAAGGUGCAGCGCGACAAAUUUGUUUCACUGUACGAAACGGCGCGCGUUACGUAUCUAAAACAGGAGGCCGCCACGGUGAUGGCCAAGGAUGCCAAAGACAAAGACAAAAAUGCAAAUUCAAAUCAGAACGCCGCCGCUAAGGUCGGAGUAACAAAAGAUGCCACAAGUCCAAACAAAGACCAAAACCAAAAUCAAAAUCAAAAACAAAAACAAAAUCAAAGCGAAUUAAAUGCAAUAGAGCAAGAGCCGGGCAAGCAGGCGGCUGACAACUAAAAAACAAAAAACAAAAAAAAAAUUAAAAUAUCAAUUAACUAAUUUAUUAUAAUUAACUUUCCCAUUUGCCUUGAAAAGCAGCUCAAGACCCUUUCCAAAAAAAAAAAAAAA